UUUGUUUUUAUUGUUUGCUCAGGCUUAAAGCAUUAAGAUGGGUAGUAGGCAGGCAGAUUGGGCGUUAGCGCAUGUUUUUAUUUUAAUGUUAUGUGUUUUUGAUAGUAUCGGGUGGGCUCAACAAUUACCUAAGCAUAAACUUUCAUGGCCAGAGUUUAAGAGUAUGGAACAGCGCAAUAUAUUUGAUUAUGUGGAGCCAAGAGUUCAAGGACCAGCUCAAUCCAUAUCCCUGAGCUGUGAGACGGGCCACCUGGUAGUUACCGUGGACUUAGACAUCUUUAGCAAUGGUAUAAUGGCGAAAAGCUCAGAGCUAAACGUGGGGUCGUCCGAUUGUCAGUCGCAGCUUAAAGAGCAGUUUGGGAACGUGCUGAACAUAAGUCUCAUGUUGCAAGAUUGUGGCAAUAUUUUCCAGGUAUUCCCAGAUUACAUUAGUUAUUCUAAUGUCCUGCAUUAUGUGCCAGAUGAGUCGGGUAUCGUCUCCAGGACCAAUCCAAUUGAUGUUCAACUGGAAUGUCAGUAUCCAAGAACCUGGAAUGUCAGCAAUGAAGGACCCCUUCUUCCCACGUGGAUGCCAUUCUCCUCCACAGCAGCAAUUGCUCAGUCUUUCAGCUUCUCACUUGUGGUGAUGAAUGCUGACUGGAGUGGGCCAAAGAUAACCCAGUCUGUGUUUUUGGGUGACCCUAUCAACUUGGAGGCCACUGUUCUAGUUGAUAGCAAAAUGCAACUGAGGCUCUACAUAGACAGCUGCAUUGCCACCCUAAAUGGAGAUGUGACCUCUCGGCCCAGUUAUGCUGUAGUUGACAAAUUUGGAUGCCUAGAGGACGGCAAGACUUCAGAUUCUCCAGUCCCAUUCAUGAGACCUGCUUUGGACAAGCUGAGGAUGACUAUUUCUGCCUUCCAGUUUAGGCACUACCCCAGUAGCACAAUCUAUUUGACCUGCCUACUGAGAGCUGUCCCUGCAAGCAAACCAGCGGAUGCCACCAACAAGGCUUGUAGUUACCAGACAUCUAGCAACAUGUGGGUUAAUGAAGAUGGCAGUUCCACAGUCUGUAGCUGCUGCAAUGAGCCCUCCUGUCCCUGGACACCUGCACCUGCCAGAAGUAGGCAAUGGAUUAAGGCCCCUAUGCAACGCUGGUCUGGCUCCAAGGGGAGGAUGAGGCAAAAGAAGGAAGCUCCUUAUCCAGAUUCUGGAGCAGAUUCUCAUAUGCAGAGAAUUACAGUUGGACCUCUUACAGUGAAUGAUUUGGAAAAUUAUUCGAAUCAAGCACUAACAAAUUCUGGUAAAGAAACCAAUAGUCUGCCCCCUAUACUAAUCUCUGCACUGGCACUGGUUGUCAUCGCUGCUGUCCUGGCUUUUCUGCAUCUAUCAAGACAGUCUUCAAAACAAAUUGCUGUGAUAUAUUAAUAUUUGGUUAAAAUAAAGCUGAAAUU